AUGUGUGACGGUAGAGUGAGGUGUGAGACGUACCUCCGGACUCCGCCGACACCCGCGGGCGGCGCAGUAGAGUGCGAUACGCCCGGCAACUGCGCGCCGCCCUGCACGCUGCCCUGCGGCGCGCAAACACACCACCCUGCGUGCGGUCACUUUUUUAUUUCCUCACUAGAAACAGGGCCACAACGUUAUAUGGUGAGUGAAACAGCUAAGCGUGGCAACAGAACGGAUGGAGCGAUCUUUAAUAAUGCGAGUGCUGUGAGAGUAGCCAACGCAAGGAGGGCGGAGCGGCUGGAUGCCAUGACAUCAGGGCAUGCCGCGCGAGGCGCGUUGGGUCAUCGCCAGCACAUGCCUUGGCGAUCUUCAAUUCACCUACGACCUGUAAGGAGAACCGGGUGGGUUUGGGCUGGAGGUGCGGAGAGCGCAGGCGACGGGCGUCGGCGCCACCUGUCGCUGACUGCGUGGCGGAAGUCGUGUGGGGCUGUUCCGCCGGCGGAGGCUCGUGAGCGACUGAGCCCGGGCCGGGGUUGGAGCACGUGGGUCGUCGCCGCCGACCGCCGCCCAGGUGCACAGCUUCGCCCUCUCGCCGCAACCCCACGCCACGGGCUACUCACCUCGCUAACACCCACAGAACAUUACAUUUUUUAA